AUGGCUUCAAACAUUCCGAUCGAUUGGAACGAACCUCCUUACGACGUAGAAGAUGCAGUCCCGAGAUCUUCACGUCCGAUUCAUCUGUGGAAGAGGAUAUUGACCAGCAAGUUAAUGGUGGAGAAGGAAAUAAUGUGCAAUAGAUUUUCAAUGAGUUCGACGACGUCAAUGGUGAAGCAGUGGAAACAAGACAAGACCCUAACUAACGCUGAACGUUGGGCAGUUUACCAUGCUUUGUUGGAGAAAAGUGUAAAUGGCUCAUAUGUGGAUGUUUCAUCGAGAAAGGCACGAAACUGUGGUCACAAACGAAUUGAAGUGGAUUUGAAUAGAAUUCAACAGAUAGAGUGGCAUCAACGAACAACACUUACAUCUCUUUCUAAUGCUUUAGGAGUUAGUUGUUCCAAAUUGCACAACCUUUUUAUGCGAGGCGUUCUACGUCGUCACUCAAGUGCCAUAAAACCACAUUUGAAAGACGAAAACAAAAUAUCACGACUAGAGUUUUGUUUAUCGAUGCUUGAUGAAAGCACAACGUCGAACGAGCCAAAGUUUAAGGGAAUGUAUAACUAUGUGCCCAUCGACGAGAAAUGGUUUUACAUGACAAAGAAGGAGCAAACAUAUUACCUGCUCAACAAUGAAGAAGAUCCUCACCGUUCAUGCCAAAGUAAAAAUAACAUUGCAAAAGUUAUGUUUCUAGCAGCCACAGCUCGUCCUAGAUUUGAUGGUGAAGGAAGGGUGGUAUUUUCGAGCAAAGUUGGAUAUUGGGCGUUUGUGACAGAGCAACCAACCCAAAGAAACAGCAGGAACAUACAAGCUGGCACGAUGGAGAUGAAGGCGAUCACAUCUGGUAAAAGAGAGAAUGUGAAAGCGUUUUUAAUUGAAAAAGUUAUCCUAGCUAUUACUGAGAAAUGGCCUAGCUCCGGAGAAACUAUUUAUGUCCAACAAGACAAUGCUAGGACACACGUCCCUCCCAAUGACCCUGAUUUUGGCUAUACAGUCGCUACAACAAAAAAUGUGCGCAAGGAAUAUCCAUGA